AUGUCAGGUUCGAAUUUGGACGGGUCGGCAGAACGAGCGCGGGCUGGCGACGACCCGGAGGGACGUGUUCCAGUGGCGAUCGUGACGGCUACCGGUCCGCAUAGGAGCCUGUUAUUGGGGUACAGCCGGGCCAGCCCACACACGAGCGGCUACCGUUCCACUCUGGCAACCAUCCGAGGCUCGUCGGGACCAGGGGACGAAUCCGGUGGCUUGACGGUCCGCCCUCUUGGCCGCGCCUGUGGUCCCGCCCGAGAGCUGCCGCCGAGACCGAGUAUAGCGCUGCAGUUCGUGGGUCCGCCAGCAGUGCUGCUGGCGGCGCUCGUCGCCAGCGGGCCAGUCACGCUCUUCCAGCCCAGAGCGGAGAGCGGCCCACCACGGUGCCAGGGAGGCGCGGCAGGUCCACAAGACGACACGCCCGCGGACAUUCAGCUUACGGGAAAAGCAAGAAUUUGUGGAACUGAACCAAAGCUUUUGUUUGACGGCGGCUUACAAGAGUGCGGUGAGCGAUGCAUGGAAUCGUGGCCCGUGAAUAUGCUUGUUGCAAGACCCACAAGCAGAAUCUGGCCACCAUUCAGCAGACAUCCUCAAGCACGCACUGCACAAAGGUAAUGCCAAC